AUGCAGGCGCGGAAGCAGCAGCAGGCGCAUGCAGCGGCUUUUCUUUUCCCGGACGCUUCUGCAAAUCUGCUCGCACCCCACCUCGGUGCCCUUGAAACCACCACGUGCAGCCCUAGCAGCAGCAGCAAAAAGAGGAAAGCCAGCAGCGACAACGCGAGCAGUAACAGCAGCAGCACAAGCAGCAGCAGCCUGAAAGAGGCGAUUGCCACAACAAGGCAAAAAAUUGCUCAGCAGCUCGGGUCGGGGGCUGUGAAGCCGGACGCGUUGGUGCAGGAGCUACGACAACUGCAGCAGCAGCAGCAGCAGCGGCAGCGGCGUCCCCAGUCACUGGAACAGUUGAUGGAUUGGGUGGCUGCGGCAAGGCACGGCCAGUUUGCGACUGAAGGCGAGGCAGCCGCUGCCGUAGGAGGCGAUGCAGAGACCUCAAAACCAUCCACAAGGGAAGAGAGCCGCGCUGAGCAAAUAUCCGGGGGGCCUCCUGAACCUGAGGAUCCUUUUACGUUUGAGGCGAUUUUUAAGGCCGCCAAACAGCUGCGGGAAAACCUAUCUACAAACGACGAGGCCCGCAGGGCCUUCUUCCUGCGUCACUACGAGCGCGAGCUAAGCUCCCUUGGAAUAGAGAAGGGGUCUCCUGGGUAUCCGUCGUCUCCCGAGGGCCUUGCGGACCGGCUGGCGCUAGCAAGAGCCUUCGCUGCAGCGGCAGGUCGCAGCGGGGUGCCUGCAGCUUCAGCGCAGAAGCGUAUUAAACACAAUAGUCAGCAGCAUCAGCAGCCUCUGGAGGCUCGCGUUGUCUCUGGAAGGAGGCAACGGAGCAAAGGAGGGGCAACAGGCGGCGGUAGGAGCACCCGCCAAGGUCGGAACCCGGGCCUCUCUCCUCUCGGAUUCCCCUCCCUGUUGAAUGUCUUCUUUGGAGGCGGCGACAUGGAGGAAGACUCAGAGAAGUCCGACCAGACGCAGCAAGAGAACCAGCCGAGGCACCCCCUUGAGCACCUGCUCAGCGGUAUCUUCGGAGGGGGACCCUUGGAAAUUCUCAGUGGCCCUGCUGCUGCACCCGAUUUGCUGCAGCAGCUUUUCGAGGGUGCAGCUGACUUCAAAGGCCCCGAAAAGAAGCGGCAAAUAGACUUCCUUCAGCCAGAGCAGGUUGACAACCAGCAGCAGCAAGCCAGUGGCACGGAGUGGAGUGAAGAUCGAGAGUCAAACCCACAGCUUCUCUCUCUCUUCAACAGAGCAAAGCAAAAGGGUAGCAUUGGCUUGGUUGAUGUGCUGCGCAAAGCCUUUCAGGAUGAAGGGAUGAGGGAGCUUGCGGUGGUAGCCGUCUCCAAAGGGCUUGAUGCUGCACGCGCAAAGGCAGCAAGCGCCGCAGGCCGUUACCUCUUGGCUCGCCUCCAGGACGACGGUUUGCUCCCAUAG